UUAGUACAUUAUAAUCUUGUCAAAGAACGCUGAAAAAAUCACAACUACAACACGCGGCGAAAUCUCUUUAAAAUAGUUCAAUUAGAUCUAUUUAAAUAAGUUAAACAACAAAUCGAAGUAAAAUGGCUGAUGUGUUGGAUAUUGAUAAUGCCGAAGAGUUUGAAGUGGACGAGGAUGGCGACCAGGGCAUUGUACGUUUGAAGGAGAAAGCUAAACAUCGCAAAGGACGCGGCUUUGGUAGCGACAGCAACACACGCGAAGCCAUUCACAGUUACGAAAGGGUGCGUAACGAGGAUGACGAUGAACUGGAACCAGGGCCACAGCGCUCCGUCGAGGGCUGGAUACUGUUUGUGACCUCCAUACACGAAGAGGCACAGGAGGAUGAAAUACAGGAGAAAUUCUGCGAUUACGGAGAGAUUAAGAACAUACAUUUAAAUCUAGAUCGACGCACAGGCUUCUCAAAAGGUUACGCCCUGGUUGAGUAUGAGACGCACAAACAAGCUCUGGCAGCCAAGGAGGCGCUAAAUGGCACAGAUAUCAUGGGACAAACGAUUCAAGUGGAUUGGUGCUUCGUCAAGGGACCCAAGCGUGUGAAGAAAUCGGAAAAGCGACGCAGAUAGAAUAGUUUCUAUGUGUGAACCCCCAAGAAUAACUCGUAAAUUAAAAUAGAAAUUGAAAUAAACUUUAUUGCAGUGUCAAUACAAAAGGA